AUGUCGACGCGCGGUGAAGAUCGUAACUAUCACAAAGUGGUCUAUGCAAGCCGAAGCCGUGCUCCGGAUCGGGUGGAAGGAGAGCCUCCCCUGCGCCGGCCGCGACGGGAUUAUGACUACGAUCAUGACUACGAUCAUGAUAGAUCCUAUUCGCGUGACCAUCGAGAUGACCGAAUUUUAGUUGAAAGAAACGCACGGGCUGACGACCUUCGGGGAUAUCACCCGCCGGCUCAAUCUGCGCUCGUUCCCAGCAGGACAAAAACUACCUAUGAAAUUGGUAGAGACAGAAAUUCAGAGGCCUAUGUAAAGCGGUCAAAUACUCUUGUCAUUGCUCCCACCAACCCAAGGUCCGAAUUUGAGGUUCUCCGGCCCCAAAGAAGAGAUGACGGGACCUACGUGGUUGACCUGGCGACCUCGCGAGGCUAUGAUGAUCGAGACUAUGGCUACGAUCCUCGAGCAAGGUACUACGAUGCGCCACCUCCAUCAAGGAAUAGAAGAGAUGAAGACGUAAUUAUGUACGAUACGUCAAGGGCUCGUGUCGGGGACCGUGCAAUCAGUCAUGCGAGCUAUAAUGAUGUCCAGGUCAUCGAAGACACCGACGAUGGUCCACGCGAUCGCCGCCGAGGCAGGGAACCUGAAAUUGUUCCUGAAGAGAUUAUGGCAUCGCCGCCGAGACUUCGAAGCUCCAUGCGUGGAAGAAAUGAAUCGCCUCCGGAGGAAUGGAAGAUCCGGAGAUCUCACAGUGUGGGCUUUUACAAAGACCAGAUCAGUCACCACGAUGCGAGUGAGAGCCGCCAUGAACGCCCGGGUGCCGAGGCGCAUCUUGCCGGUCGGUAUCUUCAUCAUGACGAUGACGAUGACGAUGAUUACAUCCAACAGCCCAGAGUGAGUUAUAGAGCAAGAUCCAGGUCCAGAGGGGGCCACGGGCCUCGACAUAGUGAUCCACGAUUGCGAGACUAUGACUACGAAGAUGAUAGAGGGACCUAUACCGAAGAAACAAUGAGACAAUAUGAAUAUGAGGACAGGAAAGAAGCAUAUCCACCACAACGGGAAUCAAGAAGGCAUCGUCAUCACCGUUAUGACGACGACGAUCGCUCCACAUAU